GCAGAAAGCAAACUGCUCCUGGGCAACCAGUCGGGAGGGUGAGCCGCGCUCGCGACAGAAGCUUCUGGCGCGAAUGGAGAACCAAGAGUUUCUAAGUCCAUCUGCGCCGUCCGAGGUGACCGAUGGGCAAGUCUCAGCAGAAAUAUCCACUUGCUCCGAAGUCUUCCAGAAGCCCAUUGUGCUCAGGAUUCUCGACACUCACAGAGAGCUUGAGGAGUCCGAGGAUCCAGAGAAACACGAGAAUCCCGAGGAACCCGAGGAGGUCAGGGAGCAAGACCAGCGAGACGAGUCCGAGGAAUGUGAUGAGCCUCACGAGUCCUAUGAGCCCCACGCUCCCUAUGCGCCCCACAAGCCCCGGGACUCCUAUGCACCUUACGAACUCCAUGGGCCCCAUGCAGCCCCCAAACUCCUCAAGGCCCGUGAACCCCGUCAGCUCCGCCACACCCGUGAGCCCCGCAAGUCCCGCGAGGCCAAGGAAACCGAGUUGCUUCCCAGCGCCGCAGUAAUGAUCUCCCCCUCUCUGAUCACCAGAGCCCCGCCACGGCCUCAGCUGUCUUUCCUGGGUGCAAAUCCUGUUUCCUGUGACUUUGUAAGGAAAUGUUUUUCUUCUAGGAAGAGAACCCCAAAUCUUUCAAAGCCUAAAAAGCAAUGGGGAACUCCAGACAGAAAACUGUUUUGGGGAAAUCAAGAUCCUAUUCACCCUGUUUCCCAGGGUGCUUUGAAGGCUCAGCUGACCAAAAGACUUGAGAACCUUGUCCAGCCCAAGGAAGUUUCCUGCCACUAUGUACCUAACAGGGCUCAAUACUACCACAGCUGUGGAAGAGAGUCUGUAAUUUGGGAGAUCACUCCUCCUGCAUUGUUUAGACAACCCUCCGAAAGGAUCCAGAGGCUGUCACAGCCCAAUGGAUUCAAAAGACAGUGUCUACUAAAUAGACCCUUCAGUGAUAACUCAGCAAGAGAUUCUCUUCGAAUCUCUGAUCCUUCUCCCCGGAUAUUACAACUCUCAGUAGCCAAAGGCACAGACCCAAACUAUCAUCCUUCAAAAAAAAUGCAAACCAAGAUUUCACUUUCUACCCUGAGUGCGAUUGCAACUCCAAGAAUUAUAGAGCUCGCCCACCCAAGGAUCAAGUUAGUGGGUCUGUGCUGUGAAAGACAAAGAAGUGAACUGCCCAUCUGUCCUGUACCUCCUGCUGCCAUGAUAGCUAAACCUAGCCCCCGAACAAUAGCUCUAGCGAAGUCCAAGUCUGUUCAUCAAGAUUAUCUACCUGACCAUGAUGCCCACUGGCCAGUAUCUUAUGCUGCUACUCAUUCCGAAGCAUCGCCUAGGAUUCAGGAACUAGCUAAUCCAAAUAAGAGGGCUCCUGUGCGUAUUGUGUAUUAUGAUCCAGAUGUCUUUAAAACCAAGCCAGCUGCUUUGAAAGGACAGUGUUUUCAAAGGAUCCGGGAGUUGUCACAACCUCUUAUACGUUAAAUACAGAAAGCCACAACAGUCAGACCCUGGUUAUGUAUCUAGAACACAUACUAGAUGACUUAGUUCCCUGUUGCGGUACUGUCAGUUUACAUUCACCCCUUGCUUCCCCUCCCACAAAAUGAGACCUUUAGGGAAAACCACCAUGAUCAUUAAAUAGCAGUUGUUGCUGUUACCUGUCGCUGAAUCUUUAGCAGAUUUGAGGACUCCAGCAUGCAAUAAAUGAGAAAAUGAGAGACUGCCUCAUUAUCCUUACUCUUUCCUCACAAGCAUCUUGGCUGCCUCAUUGCUGUAGCUGACCUGAAGAAACACUCUUCCUUAUAUUUGUGGGUUUUGCUUUUCCUUUCCCAGUGAGUUCCAUGUUCCCCAGUAACUGAUCCUACCUCAGUCCCUUCACCAGUAAGUCCUGGGAAAUGAAAUCAUUCUUUGUGUUAUUUCAGCAUCCCCUCAUUACUUAGAAAAAACACUGAAAAAGUGAAGCUCUUUUGGAAAAAUUGAAAUACUUUUUAUAGUCUAUAAAUACAAUUUAUAAUUGAAAUUUAGGGAACAGGUUACCUUAGUGAUGAUGUCACCAAUCUCUGUUCCUUUACUCAUGCCAGAGUCACUUACCAUGAAUGAGAGAAAAAGCAAGAUGUUUGGUAAGCAUUAAAAUUCUCUGUAAAAUUGCAUCUGCCCAGAAUUUUAUUCUCUCUAUAGAUCACUAUUUUACAAAUUAAACUAACUUUUAUGGGGCAUAUCUAGAUUUGCAUGAAAAUGAACUUACUUGAAAGCCAAUUUUACAGAUGAAUGAGUUCUACCUUUAAGGUCUUUGUGUUACAGAGGGGUAAUACCACAUAGUAGUUUUGAACUUGAGUUUUGGAAUCAGAUAGAACCCGAAUUUGUCUCUGUCAUGGAUUAUUUACCAGGUAUGUGAUCUUAAACAAACUUCCUAACUCCCUGUGCUGCAGUUUCUUUAUGUAGAAAAUGGAUUCCUGCAGCAUUCUUGUAAAGAUUAGAUGAUAAAAUGUAUAUAAUAAAGUACGAAUUUGAAACAAAAAUUUUUAUUUAGAAAUUUAGCUGUGGCUAGGCACAGUGGCUCAUGCCUGUAAUCCUAGCACUUUGGGAGGCCGAGGCAGAUGGAUCAUGAGGUCAGGGGUUCAAGACCAGCCUGACCAACAUGGUGAAACCCCGUCUCUACUAAAAAUACAAAAAUUAGCCUGGUGUGGUGGUACACACCUGUAAUCCCAGCUACUCAGGAGGCUGAGGCAGGAGAAUCACAUGAACCCAGGAGGCAGAGGUUGCCAUGAGCCGAGAUUGCACCACUGCACUCCAGCCUGGGUGAUACAGCGAGACUCCAUCUC